UUAAAACGAGGGUGAGCCAAACAGAGUGUCUUCUAAAUAUCAAACUGUGGAAGAAGCGCUUAUGCUAGCGGUUUGUUCCCCAACAACCUAAAUAAAGGUUUUAAGAUGCAGUUCAUGUUGCUCUUCAGCCGUCAAGGGAAGCUCCGGCUGCAGAAAUGGUACGUUCCUCUGUCAGACAAGGAGAAGAAGAAGAUCACACGCGAGCUGGUGCAGACCGUACUGGCUCGCAAGCCCAAGAUGUGCAGCUUCCUGGAGUGGAGGGACCUCAAGAUUGUGUACAAGAGGUACGCCAGUCUGUAUUUCUGCUGUGCCAUUGAAAACCAGGAUAACGAGCUCAUCACACUGGAGAUCAUCCACCGAUAUGUGGAGCUGCUGGAUAAGUACUUUGGCAGCGUGUGUGAGCUGGACAUCAUCUUCAACUUCGAGAAGGCCUAUUUCAUCCUGGACGAGUUCCUGCUGGGCGGAGAGGCACAGGAGACCUCCAAGAAGAAUGUGCUGAAGGCCAUCGAGCAGGCCGACCUGCUGCAGGAGGAUGCAAAAGAAGCAGAGACCCCACGCAGCGUUCUGGAAGAGAUUGGACUGACAUAAAUGCGGCCUGUCACCUCCAGCGCAGCCACCACACUCCUCCUCUGCCAGUUGUGUUGUCGGUGUCCGCUAAAUGACGUAACACUGUGUUCAUGAGCGUUUCAGUAUUGGGACAGGUCCUGUUCCAUGUCAUGCCUUCCUUUUCGAGUUUAUUUAAUGUGUGCUGUACAUACACAAUGUAGCACUGUACAGAAUAGACACCCAAGGGAGCACGAGGUCACUGUCAUCUCUUUUUAUCAGUGUUUUUUCCAGUUGCCUUAAGAUUAUUUCACAGUAUUUCUCAUAUUGACAGCACCUUGAUCAAACUCCACAACUACAGCUGUAUAGAUACUGUAUUUUGGGACAGAUAGCAAAAAGCAAAUGACCCAAUAUUGGAAUGAAAGGCAGGAUUCUGAAGGCAAAGCCAAGUCCUAGCAUACAUAUUUUAAGGUAAUUUAAUCAUUUAAUUUAUGAGUGACAGGGUGACAAUGAAAACAGCAACUCGGUAUUGUAGUGUACAGUCAUUGCCAGGGCACCAUUUAUUGUUUACAACCAAAGAAAUACUGUGUUCUUAAUCAUAAACUUUUAUAACUGCAAAGCUGUGUUCUUGGAUGGACUGUGUCAUCUGUGCUGUUAAAAAGGAAGUAAAAAAGGGAUUUGUUUAUGAGACCAAAGAGUUGUUUUAUUAUUUUUUUUUGUCUAGACAUUGCAUUUUGUAUAGCCUAACCAUCAAUACAAUACAAAUCAUAAUAUCAUGAAUAUUAGUUUGUGAAGAUGGAAGCACAAAGUAUUUGAAU